AUGGAUCUUGCCAGCCUUAUCACUCCGGGUCCUGAACCCAUCUACAAGUCUCGGGCUUCUUACAGCCCUCCUCCCAGCUCUGCGGGUUCAUACAAGCGCUCGGCGGAACACGACUCUUACUUCUCUUACUCGCGCGCCCCGCAGCCCCCUCUUUCCCCGCCGGUUGAGGACCAGCCCAAGUGCUCUCUUCCUUCUAUCUCGGCCCUCCUGGAAAGCGCAGACAGCGCAUCGACAUGUGCUGCAAAGCGUCAACGAACAAGCCCACCCCCGCGCAGGGAGUCUGAGUUCCGUUCGGCUUAUGACUCAGUUUCGACACCAAAUGGCCCUCCGACGCCUCCUUUGCGCCCGGACUCGGGCUUCCACAGCAGCAGCCACUCCCCCUCUGCUUCGUCCGUGACCAGUGGCAAGGCCAUCAAGCUCGAGUCAUACUCGCAAACCCCCAUGACACUGCCCAGCCCGUCCGAUCGAUCCUCGAUCUCCAGCCAGGGCUCUGUUCACCACGUUUCCGCUGCGCCUUACGCUUCUCCUGCCCCCAGUGUGGCCUCUUACUCUUCACCGGUUGAAUCCUCCGCUCCGUCCACCAUGUACUACCAGAGACCUUCCGUCUCCUACCAGAGCGCCGCCGCUAUUCCUGCUCCAUCCGCUGCUCCUCUGCCUGCAUCGGCCGCACACCAGCAGAUGAUCACUCCCGUCACUCCGGCCUGGCAGCACCACCACUACUUCCCGCCGUCCAGCUCGGCACCCUACCAACAGAACCACGAUCGGUACAUCUGCCGCACUUGCCACAAGGCCUUCUCCAGACCAUCCAGCCUGCGCAUCCACUCCCACAGCCACACCGGCGAGAAGCCAUUCCGCUGCACUCACGCCGGCUGCGGCAAGGCCUUCAGCGUACGAAGCAACAUGAAGCGCCACGAGCGUGGCUGCCACACUGGACGCUCCGUCGCCACCGCCAUGGUAUAA